CCCGUAUAAAUUUCCCCAAACGCGACCCAUUUCGGGUGCUCUGAGCUCCACUUUGCCUCUUCUCAGGUUUAAUAUUUUAUUUAAUUUUUACGCAUUCGGAUCCUCAUUUCUUGAUUGGAUAGUAUGGGAAAGGGUCCGGGUCUCUACACCGAAAUCGGCAAGAAAGCCAGAGAUCUUCUGUACAAGGAUUACCAGAGCGACCACAAGUUCACCAUCACCACCUACUCUCCUACUGGUGUUGCUAUCACAUCGUCAGGAACCAAAAAGGGUGACGUGUUUCUUGCUGAUGUCAACACUCAACUGAAGAACAAAAACUUCACUGUUGAUAUCAAAGUUGACACAGGCUCCAAUCUUACCACAACCAUAACUGCUGAUGAACUUUCACCUGGACUGAAAACAAUCUUAAGCUUCAAAGUUCCUGAUCAAAGGUCUGGAAAGUUAGAACUCCAGUAUUUGCAUGACUAUGCGGGGUUAAGUAGCAGUGUUGGGUUGACAGCAAACCCCAUUGUUAACUUCUCAGGUGUUAUAGGAACUAAUGCUGUUGCACUUGGUACUGAUCUCUCAUUUGACACCAAAACUGGCAAUUUUACCAAAUGCAACGCUGGAUUGAGCUUCUCCAAUGCAGACUUAAUUGCUUCAUUGAUUCUAAAUGACAAAGCUGACACCCUGAGUGCAUCAUAUUAUCACAUAGUCAAUCCCUUGAAUAACACGGCUGUUGGUGCUGAAGUAACCCAUAGCUUUUCAACCAAUGAGAACACAAUCACUGUUGGUACCCAACAUGCAUUGGAUCCAUUGACCUCUGUGAAGGCAAGAGUGAACAACUUUGGCAAGGCUAGUGCUCUUGUCCAGCAUGAGUGGCGGCCAAAAUCACUCUUCACCAUUUCUGGAGAGGUAGACACGAAGGCCAUCGAGAAGAGUGCCAAGAUUGGAUUGGCUUUGGCUCUCAAGCCAUGAGUGAGAAUUCUACGGGAUGUGUUUGGGACUGGAAAGGUAGCAAAUGGGAGCAUAGUAUAGUUGUCUAUUCAAAGUUCAGACCCACUUUUCUUUUUCCUAUUGUUGUCUUUAUUUAUUUUUUUUUUUGGAGAACAAAUGCUUAUGUCACAUUGUUUUUAAUCUUGGUGGUUUAGGGCUGUAAAAAUAAAUCUACUUGUCAUAGACCUUGCUGGUACUUUUUGAUUUCGUAUACUCCUAUCAACCUCCUGGUAAAAGAGGGUGAUUAAAUCUGUUAUAGGAGUACGACUUGAACUUAUGUUCCAAUUUUGAUGGUUCUUUUCAGUAA